CGGGCCCAGGCUGGCCGUUCCCGGCUGAAGGCCGGACAGGGGGUGUGCUGGGGUUACGGUGCCUGCUGCUCUGGGCGCAGACACGUGUCAGAGCCACCCUCCCAACUGGGGGUGUGUCUACACUGCAGUGUCAAGCUCCGGCUCAGCAGCCCACCCCCUGCCUUGCUGCUGUUCGCACACAAAUCUGUCUGACUCGGGUCAGCAAGCUCCCAGGUCUUAAGCCCUGCUAGGGAGCUGAGUCCAGGUCCCAGUGAGACCUGGUCCAAGCCCUGUCAUUUGGUAGUGUGGAUGCACCUCAAGCGACAGACCUGGGUCAGAAGGUCUGUAUAGUGCAGUAUGGAUGCCUUAGCAUGGUUAUCAGACCUGGGUCCAGCAAUUGUAAACCCAGAUUUACAAUGCAGUUAGGGUGCUCAAAGCGAGGGCUUGGAAACCCCAGAAGCACAGGUCCCACGUGCCUGGGUUUACAGUGUAAUGUAGACAUGCCCUAGAAGGGCCAGAAAUGAAAGUGUUGACCCAUCUAUACUGCUUUGUUUGUUGCGGAGGGAGGAAGGGGGUGUAAGUGUAGUUAUUCUGUACAAACCCUUGGAUUCGAUGCAAUACACCAUUUUGAAACGGGAGAAAGAGAAAAAGGUUGACUGGCGUAAAUGGAAACAAGAAAAUGGUUAUUCUCCAUUUCAGAAAAAGAAGAGAAGAAAAAAUGGAAGGAAAUAAAGCUAUUGAGAAAACUGGAAAAGAAAAGAAUGCAGGAGGUGAUGGAAAAACAAAAAGAAGAAGAAAAGGCAAAGGAAGACAAAGGACGUCAUUACACAGUUAGCGUAGCUCUGCCAGGCUCCAUCUUGAACAAUGCACAGUCUCCAGAGUUGCGGACAUACCUUGCUGGGCAAAUUGCCAGGGCCUGUGCCAUCUUCUGUGUGGAUGAGAUUGUGGUGUUUGAUGACCAAGGAGAAGAUUCAAGGACUGUGGAAGGGCAGUUUGAUGGGAUUGGAAAGAAAGGACAGGCCUGCGUGCAGCUGGCUCGGAUUCUACAAUAUUUGGAGUGUCCUCAAUACCUGAGAAAAUCAUUUUUCCCGAAACAUCAGGAUCUGCAGUUUGCAGGGCUCCUGAACCCAUUGGACAGCCCUCAUCACGUGCGGAUAGAUGAGGAAUCAGAAUACCGGGAAGGAGUGGUGUUAGCCAGGCCCACCAAGCCAGGCAAAGGCUCCUUUGUUAACUGUGGGAUGAGGAAGGAGGUACAGAUAGACAGACAGCUAGAGUCUGGUCUUCGAGUCACUGUUCAACUGGACAAGCAGCAGAAUCCAGACAGUAAAAUACAGAAAGGCACUAUAGUGUCCUCGAACCAUCCACGGACUGUGUCUGGCCUGUACUGGGGUUACAAUGUCCGCUUAGCCUCCUGCCUGAGUGCUGUUUUUGCCGAAUGCCCUUUUAAAGAAUGCUAUGAUCUCUCUAUUGGGACCUCUGAGCGAGGGACCUGUGUGGACCAAGCAACUCUCCCCUCCUUCAGCCAUAUCCUAAUAGUAUUUGGAGGUCUCCAAGGCCUGGAGGCUGGUGUGGAUGGUGACCCAAACCUGGAGAGCACUGACCCAAGUGUCUUGUUUGACCUUUACCUGAAUACAUGUCCCAGCCAGGGCAGCCGCACCAUCAGGACAGAGGAAGCAGUACUGAUAUCUCUGUCUGCACUGAGACCCCGCAUUGAUGAGGCUGUGAGGAAAGCCCUUGGUAGCUGAAGGGGAAAAAAACACUGAUCUACAGAACUGAACCUACCUUCUCUCGUUUUCAUCUGCACCAGCACUCUUCCUUGUCCGCAGAUGGCUCAUUCCAAGUUAUGCUAACCCUAAACCUAGGAAGAGCUGCUGGGGGUGAUGGUUAAAUCCCCAGGGCAGCCUGCUACACUCCAGCCUCUGAGAGUGAUCAAGAAAAGUACAGUACCAUUACCAAAAUGGCUACAGCUUUUUAAUAGACUCAAACCUGAGACUGAGAUUAAGCACUGCGAGUCUACACUGGUUGGGGAACAUACUCCCUAGACCAAACUGUUUGUAAAUGGAGCUGGCUGCUGCCUCACAUCAGCAUGGGAAGCCUGUCAGUGGAUCACACAGCACCAAGAGAGGUGUUGAAAAAAAUAAAACAGAACUCUCCUA